AUGGGCAUUCAGAACAACAAGACCUACAAGCUCUCCAACGGCGUCGAGAUCCCCGCCGUGGGCUUCGGCACCUUUGCCAACGAGGGCUCCAAGGGCGAGACAUACAAGGCCGUCACCAAGGCGCUCGAGGUCGGUUACCGCCAUCUCGACUGCGCCUGGUUCUACCAGAACGAGGGCGAAGUUGGCGAUGCCGUCCAAGACUUCCUCAAGGCCAACCCCAGCGUCACCCGCCAGGACCUGUUCAUCUGCACAAAGGUCUGGAACCACCUGCACGAGCCCGAGGAGGUCCAGUGGUCUAUCAACAACUCGCUCGAGAAGCUGAAGAUGGACUACGUCGACCUCUUCCUCGUCCACUGGCCCAUUGCCGCCGAGAGCGACGACCAGCACAUGCCCAAGAUCGGCAGCGACGGAAAGUACGUGAUCAAAAAGGGCCUCACCGAGAACCCCGAGCCCACAUGGCGCGCAAUGGAGGAGCUCUACAAGUCCGGCAAGGCUCACGCCAUUGGUGUUUCCAACUGGACUGUCCAAGGUCUCAAGCAGCUCCUCAAGAUUGCAGAGGUCAAGCCACACGCCAACCAGAUCGAAAUCCACCCCUUCCUCCCCAACACCGAGCUCGUCGAUUUCUGCCUGAAGAACGACAUCCUGCCUGCCGCCUACUCGCCUCUCGGCUCCCAGAACCAGGUCCCCAGCACCGGCGAGACGGUCCGCCAGAACGCCAAGCUCAACGAGGUUGCGCAGCGCAGCGGCCACGACCUCGCACAAGUCCUGCUCGCCUGGGGUCUGCAGCGCGGCUACGUUGUGCUGCCCAAGAGCUCCACCGCCAGCCGCAUCGAGAGCAACUGGCAGAUUCCCGAGCUCAGCAAGGAGGACUUUGAAGCCGUACAGGAGGUCGCAAAGGGAAGGCACACACGCUUUGUCAACAUGAAGGACACCUUUGGCUACAACGUCUGGCCCGAGGAGACUGAUGGCGGCGAGAUCAAGGCUUAG